CGCCGCCGCCGCCGCCGCCGCCAGCAUCUGGGACCGGCCGAUUCUGCACCUCCGUCCGGCGCUGCCCUUUGAUUCGGAUUUCCAUCUUGCAUUCUCCGGCGGACCGCGGGACCUGGCUCGUGCAGAGGAGGGGGGCCGAUCGCUAUGGAGUAUUUCAUGGUGCCCACUCAGAAGGUGCCCUCUUUGCAACAUUUCAGGAAAACAGAGAAAGAAGUGAUAGGAGGGCUCUGUAGCCUUGCCAACAUCCCACUGACCCCUGAGACCCAGCGGGACCAGGAGCGGCGGAUUCGGCGGGAGAUUGCCAACAGCAACGAGCGGAGGCGUAUGCAGAGCAUCAACGCGGGCUUCCAGUCCCUCAAGACCCUUAUUCCCCACACAGAUGGAGAGAAGCUCAGCAAGGCAGCCAUUCUCCAGCAGACGGCAGAGUACAUUUUCUCCCUGGAGCAGGAGAAGACCAGGCUCCUGCAGCAGAACACACAGCUCAAACGCUUCAUCCAGGAGCUGAGUGGCUCUUCCCCAAAGCGACGGCGAGCGGAGGACAAGGAUGAGGGGAUUGGCUCACCGGACAUCUGGGAGGAUGAGAAGGCUGAGGACCUGCGGCGGGAGAUGAUUGAGCUGCGACAGCAGCUGGACAAGGAGCGCUCUGUGCGCAUGAUGCUGGAAGAGCAGGUGCGGUCCCUGGAGGCCCACAUGUACCCGGAAAAGCUCAAGGUGAUCGCGCAGCAGGUGCAGCUGCAGCAGCAGCAGGAACAGGUGCGGCUGUUGCAUCAGGAGAAGCUGGAGCGGGAACAGCAGCAUCUGCGGACCCAGCUCCUGCCCCCUCCAGCCCCCACCCACCACCCCACGGUGAUUGUGCCGGCGCCACCACCACCACCUCCCUCCCACCACAUCAACGUUGUCACCAUGGGUCCCUCCUCUGUCAUCAACUCUGUUUCUACAUCCCGGCAAAAUCUGGACACCAUUGUGCAGGCAAUCCAGCACAUCGAGGGCACCCAGGACAAGCAGGAGCUGGAGGAGGAGCAGCGGCGAGCAGUCAUCGUGAAGCCUGUGCGCAGCUGCCCGGAGGCCCACACUUCAGACACUGCCUCGGACUCGGAGGCCUCGGACAGUGACGCCAUGGACCAGAGCCGGGAGGAGCCGUUAGGGGACGGGGAGCUUCCCUGACCACCCCCUCAGCCCUCCUCUCCCUUCUGGGGGCUGGAGGGGGCCGAGGAAGUGACAGGGAGAAAUGUGGGUGAAUGAGUGAGAAAUUUUUACAAAA